AUGAGUCCUUUGGACGAGAGGAGGCGACCCUCUGCGCUGAACCUCACGCCGUCUCGGUCCUCAUCUGCCGGGUCUACAUCAACCAGUUCAUCCCUCAAGCCGCCACGGACACCGAGGUUCGCCGAGGCAACGACAGUGUACUCGCCCGUUGAGGGAAGAGGGCCAUUCGCAGACGAGAGAUCAGAGAUGGCUCACUCCCAGCCAGCAGACGUUGGUUUUGGUUACAUCGGCAAUAAUGAAGGAUCCAACCGGGAAUCAGUCAACAUGCCCAUGACGCCGAAGUCGCCGCUGAAGAGCGCAAUGAGAGUACCCGGCACGCCAGCGAGAAAGUUCGAAAACCCGAUGAGUCCCACAUUCAGAGAGGAGGACAUCCUGGACAAGAGAGAAAAGGCGACGGAGAAGGAGCAGGAGAAAGAUUUGACAACCAAGAUGAGAGUGCGAAUGGCCAAGUUUGCGCUCCGAGGUAUCAACUUCAGCUGCAGUUUGAUCAUUUUGGCUAUGCUGUCAUCCUCUUUCGCCAUCUUCAACGCUACCAGGUCUCUACCCGCGAUGAACGGUCUUCCACCAUGGGCCGAGAACACCAAUGCCUGGCCCCAGAAGGUGGUUUUGGCCGCUGCUUGCGUCUCUCUGUCCAUCUGCGUUCUCGUAUUCAUAGGUUACUGCCGGGGUGGACAUCACCGAGCUGAGAAAGUUGGUGUCUACUACACCCUGUUCGCCGUCGGCUGGUUCAUCUUCAGCAUGGCCAUGUGGGCAGUCGCUGCGGGUAUCAUGCAAAACACUAGAAACAACAGCGGCAAUAAGGACAUGUGGGGAUGGGCUUGUGUGCAAAACCACCGAGCUGAGCUCUUCCAGGACAAGGUCGACUACGCCCUCGUUUGCAGACUUCAGAAUUGGUCCUUGAUCUGCAUCAUCAUUGAAAUCGUGGUCGAGGUCAUCAGCAUCACUCUUUACAGCAUCGUCUUCUACCGCUACUACACCAAGCGGCGCCUGACCAAGUCCAUGGACAUGCGCGACCGCGCCCGUUCCGAUCUUUACCUCGCUCAGCUCCGCACUCAGUCGGCACCCAACACCCCUGGAUUCGGCCCCAAGUCGCCCGCCUUCUCGCAGUACGCCCUGUCUCCCCGAUUCCCACCAUCCGCCUACAAGUCACUAUCGGACAUCAAGGAGGCCGAGGCGCCAAGCUUCACUCCCGGUGCCCCGAUCGCGGAGCCACCGUCAGCAUUCACGAGCUCGUCGCCCAAGUCGCCAGACAAGCCAUUCAGCUUGCAGGCACCGCCAAAGAAGGCACCCAGCGCCACGCCCAAGCUGGGACCUGCUGCUUUCACGACACCAGAUACGCCUACUGCGCCAACACCCGACUUCAGCAUCAACCAGCACGGCCCCGUCGCACCGGGUGAGCAGCAAUAUGCCGCUGUGCCCAUCCCGGGGGCGUACGCCGAUGCGGCUGUGAAAGGUCCCGGGGCAGAUCAGACGAGUUUCGGGGCGGCGAGGUGA